CGCAGGUAGAAAGGAAGUUCAUGGGGACACAUCUUGAGAAGGCAGACUUCUACAAGCCAGAAGCCAUCUUAAGAAACUCAGUACAUUUUCUUUGGGCAAGAUCUUCAAACCCAGGCAAUGGGCAAGUAUGAAGCCUGAACACAGAAUGAUAGCCACAAGACAGUGGACCAGGGUUGCUGUGGCUUACCACACCAGGUCAACAGCCAUGUAGAAGACAAUGCCUCUGAAGAGGCUGAGCAUGACAUCCCUCAAGAAGAAGAGGAGGAGGAAGCCUUCUUCCCAGGCCCUGAGGAAUAUUGUCGGCUGCAGAAUUUCUCACGGUUGGAAGGAAGGUAAUGAGCCUGUCACCCAAUGGAAGGCCAUCGUUCUAGGUCAACUGCCAACAAACCCUUCUCUUUAUUUGGUGAAGUAUGACGGAAUUGACAGCGUCUACGGACAGGAGCUUCACAGUGAUGAGAGGAUUUUAAAUCUUAAGGUCUUGCCUCACAAAGUAGUGUUUCCUCAAGUGAGGGAUGCCCACCUCGCCAGCGCCCUGGUUGGCAGAGCGGUAGAACACAAAUUUGAGGGCAAACAUGGCUCUAAGGAAAACUGGAAGGGGGUGGUGCUAGCCCAGGUGCCANUCAUGAAGGACUGGUUUUACAUUACCUACAAGAAAGAUCCGAUCCUCUACGUCUAUCAGCUCCUGGAUGACUACAAGGAAGGUAACCUCCACAUCAUUCCAGAGACUCCUCCAGCUGAGGUGAGAUCAGAUGAUGACAGUGACGUCUUAAUAGGUAAAUGGGUGCACUACACCAGAGACGAUGGUUCCAAAAAGAUCGGCAAGGUUGUUUACCAAGUUCUAGCCAAGCCUUCUGUGUACUUUAUCAAGUUUCAUGGUGAUCUCCAGAUCUAUGUCUAUAAUCUGGUGCAAAAGAUUCCUUAAAUCACAAAGUGUAGGAAUGUAAACUUAAAGGAUUGGGGAAAAAAAAUGUUUGUUUUCCAAUGUGUUGGCUACCCAAGGUUCUUUGACAACCUCAGUAUCUUUGCCAAUAAAAUUAGUUUUGCUC